AUGGUUAAACAACACAGCGAAGCCAUUCUUUUUUUUCUUUUCGUUCUUUUUGUUUUCUUUUCUUUUUUCUUUUGUUCUUUCUUUUUUCUUUUGUUCGUUCGUUCGUUCUUCCUUUCUUUCUUUCUUUCUUUUUUCUUUUGUUCGUUCGUUCGUUCUUCCUUUCUUUCUUUCUUUCUUUCUUUCUUUCUUUUCAUGCAUUCUCUUCGUCUUUUUGUAUGUUUUCUUUUAGUCUGUCACUUUCUUUGUUUUUUCUUUCUUUCUUUCUUUCUGUCAUUUUCUUACUUUCUUCCUUUUUUUCUUUCUUGUCAUACUUUCUCUACUUUUUGUGUGUCAAAUUUUCUUCUGGCCUGUCAUUUCUUUCUUUAUUUCUUUCUUUCUUUAUCUUCUCUUCGUCUUUUUGUUUUUUAUUUUUUCUUUUUCCCUGCUAUUUCUUCGUUAUUUUCUUAUCGUGUUUUCUUUCCCUUGCUUUCUUUUUUUUUUUUUCUUUUUCCUGCUAUUUCUUUCUUUCUUUCUUUCUUUCUUUCUUUCUAG